AAGGCAUACAUGCGCCCUCUAGAUGAGGUCAAGAUCAUCCAAGAAGCAAGAAAAGCUUCUAGAUUCCAACGCUGGCUGCGUCUUCCCCGCGAUCGCUUCGUCAAAUCCGCGCGCGCGUCGUGUCGUGUCGCGUACGCGCGCAUGCGUCGUCUCCUUCCUCCACCACUCGCCGUCGAUCGCACUCACUCGCUCACCACCACCACCACUUUCUCCGGCCGGCCUCUUCUAGCUCGCUAUAUCGCGACCAGUACGCUCUGCUACUAGUACUCAGUUACUCUCGUAGUAGGCCAUGCUCCAGGCCAGCUCGGAGGCGGCGGCGGCAGGGAUGUGGGUGCCCGGGAUGAGCCCGCAGGGGGUGGACGCCGGGUCGGCGAGGGCGCAGGAGAUCGCGCGGAGGAGGGAGGAGAUGCUCGGGAUGCUGCGUGAUCUACCGGAGUCGGAGUACGAGCUCUCGCUCACGGACCUCGUCGAGAAGACCGGCGGCGCCGUGGCGCCGGCUUCGCCUUCGCCGUCCGAGGGGAAGGAGCAACCGGGCCCGGGGGAGACGGGGCGGACGUCGUCCGGCAGGCAGCAGCAGCCGCCGCCGCCGGCGGCGGGGAGGCCGGAGAGGAGAGGGUCGGCGAGGCGGCGGGACAGCGGGGGCAGCAGCUUCCGCAGCAGCAGCGACGGCGUCCUGCUUAACUUCUACAUGCCCCGCUCCCUCACCCGCAGCUUCACCGCGCCGCGCCCAGCUGGGCCCGGCCGGCCGCCGUCAGUCUCCGGCGGCCGGAGCGCCAGUAUCUGCUCCGAUCGCAACAAGAGGGAGAGAGACGGCGAGACCGUCCGGUGCUGGUCGCUGCUGUGGGAUCGGCGGUGGCGCAAGUCGAGCCGGGGAGACCACGCCGGCGAGUCGGCCAUCCGGGCGGCGAUCCUCAAGGCGGCAAAGCACGACGCUUCUUCCCCAAAGAAAGUCUGAAGUUUUGCUGCUGGCUUCCAUAUGUUUUGCUCUUUAGCUAGCGGCAGACUAUGGGUGUAUCGUUCGUUGUUGAUGUGUGUGGUUAUGUACAUACUUCAAUUCGAGUGUGAUAUGGUAGUGUUAAUUUUGUGUUUUGUGAAUUGAUUGUGUAUGUAAAAGUAGAGAUAGGCAUAUGGAAUGCUUUCAUAACUCAACUUCAGUUUAUAAUGGAAGGCGAGGGAGAUGAAUCAUAUAUAUCGUUUCGGAAACAUUCUACAAAAUUGAGAUGCGACAUUGAACAGAUCGACUGUCUGCAUAGCCCCGUUUUGCUUCCAUGCCUUGCAUUAGAAAAUAAUUUAACGGGCAGUAC